CUGAGGUCUCCACUUCUUCUUCACUGCUCGCCAUCAUCUCCUUCUUUCCAAGCCUCCUCCUUUUUUUUUUCUCGCCAUAGGUGCCCUGUGCUCCUGCUUGCUUUGCUCGCUGCUGCUUUUCUCUUUCUUAAAAGGCUGCUCCCUCACUCACAGCUCCCCCCCCCCCCCUCUCUCUCUCCUCCUCUUCUUCUUCUUCCUCUCUCCUCACAGUCACUCAUCUCAUCACUCUCUCUGCUGAGCUUGGUGCUCGAGCUGAGGUCAAAUAGCCAUCGAUACACCUCUUUCUCCUCCUUUUCUUUACCCCAUUUCUUUCUUGUUUUCCCAAGCUAAGCUCUAGCUGCCUGCUGCUCCCACCCAUGGCUUCCACGCCGGCGGCUGCCAGCGACCCGUCGGAGCAAAAGCGCCACCAACUCCGCCUCCUCCGCCUCUGACCUCACCUUCCACCUACCUACAAGUAGCUUAGCUAAAAGCGAAGCUCCGCUCAGAUCAGACAGUAGUAGUAUAUAGUAGAAGCAGUAGUUGAGUGUGGGGGAAGACGUAAGCUUGCUUUGCCGCGGAUGGAGAGCAGAUGGAGGAAGGCCAAGAUGUCCCUGGGGCUCAACCUCUGCGUCUACGUCCCCAGGACGCUGGACGACGGCGACUCGCCGUCCACCGGGUCCUCCACGGCGGCGCUGGUGUCGCCGGUGGCCUCCUCGUCGUCGGCCGCAACCAGCGCGAACACCACCCCCACGGCGGAGCAGACCGGCGGCAAGGUGAAGGGUGGCUCCGGCGCGCUGAUGCCGACCACCCCGACGCCGACCUCCGCCGGCCUUCGCCUCUCCAAAUCCGGUAGCAAAUCCUUCAAGAAAACAUGCGCAAUAUGUUUGACCACAAUGAAGCCUGGUCAGGGCCAUGCUCUAUUCACAGCAGAGUGCUCCCAUACCUUCCACUUCCAUUGUAUAGCUGCAAAUGUUAAGCACGGAAGCAACAACUGCCCAGUUUGCCGCACCAAAUGGAAGGAACUUCCAUUUCGAGGUCCCUUGCCUGCUGAAUUUCCUCAAGGAAGUGCCAGGAUUAAUCCAGUUAAUGGGCACCAAAAUGGUGGGCAGAUGACCAUACUGCGACCACUCCCCCGUGCUCGUUCUUCUGGUCGGCUGCAUCAUAUGACAUCUUUGUUGCCUGACACUGACCGUAGUGUUUUUAAUGACGAUGAACCCUUGGACUCACUGUCUGAAGCAAAUGAAGGAUCAGAGCAGGGGUGUUUAAGAACAGUUGAAAUAAAGACAUAUCCCGAGUUCACAGAAGUUCCAGAAAGUACUUCAGAAAGAAAUUUCACCGUUCUAGUUCAUCUAAAGGCACCCCUUGCUCAGACUUUGCAAACAGACAGCAAACUUGGAGAUGGCAAUAGCUUGAGCACAACGCGAGCCCCUGUUGAUCUCAUCACAGUGCUUGAUGUCAGUGGAAGCAUGGCUGGUACUAAACUUGCAUUGCUGAAGAGGGCCAUGGGAUUUGUCAUUCAGAACCUUGGCUCUUCAGAUCGACUUUCUGUCAUUGCCUUCUCAUCAUCUGCACGCAGGCUCUUCCCGCUCCGGCGGAUGACUGAGUCUGGUCGUCUGCAAAGCUUGCAAGCGGUUAAUUCGCUGACGUCAAACGGUGGGACCAAUAUUGCUGAGGGCCUGAGGAAAGGCUCCAAAGUGAUUGAAGAGCGGCAGGCCAAGAAUCCAGUGUGCAGCAUCAUCCUACUAUCAGAUGGGCAAGACACAUAUACAGUCUCACCAACUGCUGGCGUACACAAAGCAGCACCAGAGUACUGUGCACUACUGCCAUAUACUACUAGCGGUUGUCAGCAGGUACCAGUUCAUGUCUUUGGAUUUGGUGCUGACCAUGAUUCAGUAUCACUGCAUUCAAUCUCACAAACCUCUGGUGGCACCUUCUCAUUCAUAGAGACAGAGGCUGCCAUCCAAGAUGCAUUUGCCCAAUGCAUUGGUGGACUCUUGAGUGUUGUUGCACAGGAUUUGCAUGUAAAGGUGGAGAGCCUCCACCCCGAUGUACACUUUGGCUCAAUCAGAUCAGGCAGCUAUUCUAGCAGGCUUGCAGAUGAUAAGAGGAAUGGCUCCAUAGAUGUUGGUGACAUGUAUGCUGAAGAGGAAAGGGAUUUCCUUGUGUCAGUAAAUGUUCCCCCAGGUUAUGGUGAAACAGCACUUCUCAAAGUUGGCUGUGUCUACAAAGAUCCACUGAUGAAGGAGACCAUCAAUAUGGCUGAUGUGCAAGUCAAGAUCUCCAGGCCAGCAUUUGUCUCAGUGCAAAGUGUGUCAAUCGAGGUGGACCGCCAAAAGAAUCGUCUUCAUGCAGCAGAGGUCAUGGCUGAAGCAAGGUUGUCCGCAGAGCGUGGUGACCUUACACAUGCCGUUUCUUUACUCGAAGACUGCCGGAAGAUGAUCAUGGGGUCAACAUCAGGACAAUCUGGUGAUCGGUUGUGCCAAGCAUUGGAUGCGGAGCUGAAGGAGAUGCAAGAACGGAUGGCCAAUCGCCAAAGGUAUGAGGCAUCCGGUCGCGCCUAUGUCCUCUCGGGCUUGAGCUCGCACUCAUGGCAGAGGGCAACAGCACGAGGUGACUCCACAGACAGCGAGAGCCUAAUUCAGGCCUAUCAGACUUCAUCCAUGGUCGACAUGCUGCUGCGUUCGCAGACAAUGAGCCGCUCCUCGACCCCUCGACAGAUGAGGCACGUGAAGUCCUUUCCAGCACGCCCGCAGCCUAGGUAAACUGCGAUUCCAGUGUUUCGGCAACGCCAAUAAGGGUUCGGCUAAAAUCCUAAUUGUGAAUUUGGGUGAAGGUAGUAGUAGUAGUGUCAGUUCAAUUCUUGGUUUUGUGGUGGGAGGAUGGGAUGGGGGUAUAGUUUGUGUGGUAUAAGGGGGAUUUUAACGGUGUAAAUUAAUUCGGUGGCGGUGCGGAUAAAAGGGGAAAAGAAUCUGUAUUUGGGAGAGGAUGGUAUAAGUGUUGGGGAAAUGGGGUAAGCUAGGGUGGCUAUCAUUUUUUUUUCUUCCUUCCUUGUUGGUUACUUGGUAUACUCCAGUAUUGUACUAGCUUCUCCUUUGUGUGGUGAUGUACAUAAAGAGAAGGGUAUACAUUUGUGAACUGAAAUGUGGCCGGGGAUGGGGAUGGAUACCUGAUCCUUGCAAGGCUUGCCUCUUCCUGGAAAUUGGGAAUUCUGAUCCUGGCAUUGUGUUC